AUGGCGGAUGAAACUCGACCACUGAACGUCAGCAAAAUGGAACAAAUGAAGCGAAUUUUGGCGGCAAGUUGGAGGUGUGAAAUUUCGUCGGAAUUAUGCAAAUUUUUUGUGAAUUUUUUAUUUGAUUUUUUGGAUUGUAUUCGUGCCGGGACCAAAUUUUUUGAUGUUAAUGUUGGAAAAGUUUUACAAGUUUUGUUAGAUCAGUCUGUCGGGAAAAUAAUGUGGAUUUGUCGCGAUUUUUUGUCUGUCCAGCUUGCAGCUAGGCCACAGCAAUUCCUGAAAGUUUUAGCUCGCGCUUUGCAGUGAGAGCCGAGAUUUUCAACGAUGUUUGCGGCCGAGAAAGUACGCGAACCGCGGACAGAGAAAAGAUAGCUUUUUGACUGGUCAUAAGAGUCGAAUUGUGAAUCGGUUGACAAGAGAAGUACCUCAAGUGCGACGCACGUAAAAGUGAGGAGUCCGGUGACCGGAAUAGACUCUUCGCUAUCGGUUUUUUACACUUCGUCUAUUUCGCAGAGAAAGAGAGAAAAAAGACACACAAAAACGUACUCUUUCGCCCCAAAAAUUCCCCAUUUCUCCCCCGACAAAACGUUUUUUCGCGUCUUUUUUUGGCAAAUUACCAAUCCAUUCACCGGACUGCUUUAGCUUAUCUCAGUUUGACGUGCGACGCUCACAUUUUCUUUAAACUUUGCACAUACGCUAGGCACAGACCAGAUAUCAAUUUCUGAAAGUUUUAGUUCGCGCUUUACAGUGGGAGCCGAGAUAUUCAACGAUCUUUGCGGCCGAGAGAGUACGUGAAACGCGAACAACGGUCAGAGAGAAACUCGCUCUUUGGCCGUAUGUUUGCCAGUUUCGCGCGGAAAAAAUUGAUUUUUUGUGGAAACAUUACUCUCUAUGGUAGAAAUAGGCAUGAAGCUUUUCAUGUCAAAAUUCGCAAAAAAACGUGUCACAUUUUUCUCAAUUUUCGGUCUGAAAAUCUUGGUCGUUUCUGCAAAACGCGAGCUAGAAAUCUCUCAUACGUCUUACAAAUAGUCAAACUAAAUUUCUGCCAAGUUUCAUCCAAAUCCGAGCAGUUUCAAAGCGAAAAUUGAUAGUAAAAAGCGUCCCCUCAUUUUUAUUUCCCCUUCUAAUCGGCUUUUUUGCAGUUUCUUAUCAUAAAAUACAGUGUAAUUGUUUCAUCGACAAUCCCUCCGAUCAAAAUCUCUCGCUUAUUGUAAACCAAUUGGCCUCUGAACUAUUGCGCAACCCACUAUUAUCAAAGAAAUAGACCCAGAAAUCGCUGCGCGCUCUAAAAAACAGCCCAAAAAGAGAGGUGGAAGGUCAUUCUAGAAAAAAGACUGUUUCCCUUUCGCUUUUUUUAUUUGCUUUUCCAUGUCUGCAGCUGAUAAACUUUAGUAUUUUUCGUUUGUUUUCUUGUUUCAUUAAUCUCCCAAAAAUUCGACUUAUGGUUCUCUAGAUAAGAGGGCGAAAAUAUCACUGUGCAGAGGCUUUUUGAACCCAGUUCGACUUGUGAUGCGGAUUAAAAUGUUUCAAAGACGUUAUAUAAACAAAAAUUUUUUGGCAGACUGAUAUGGAAAAGGCUGAAUGCUCUUAACUGUCAAUUUAAAGACGAUUUUUUGCAGGGAAAGUGCUCAAAGAGUGAUGCUCAGAUUUUGAUGAAACUUGGCAUAAAUUUAGUCUGACUAUUUGUAAGACAUAUGAGAGAUUUCUAGCUCGCGUUUUGCAGAAACGACUGAGAUUUUUAGGUUGAAAGUUGGAUAAGUUUAUACACUUUUUUUGCGAAUUUUGGCAUACAAAAUUUCAUGCCUAUUUCUACCACAGAGAGUAAUGUUUCCACAAAAAAUCAAUUUUUUUCCACACAAAACUGGCAAAGAUACGGAGAAAAAGUUGUUGUCUCUCUGACCGCUCUCCGCAUUUCGCGUGCUCUCUCGGCCACGAAGGUCGUUGAAUAUCUCGGCUCUCCUUGAAAAGCUCGAGCUAAAACUUUCACGAAUUGAUGUAUGUUCUUUGCUGGGCGUGUGUGCAAAAUUUGAAGAAAAUUUGAGCGUUUCAUUUGGGACACCGCUGUUUUUUUGCAAAAAAUUUCGCAAAAUUUUGCAGAAAAAAUGCGUUCAAAAAUUUUCAGACAAAAUUCCCGCAAGACAGCGAUCAGAUUUUAGGGAAAUUUUGCACACAAAACAAAGCUAUAGCGCGCUAGCAUUUUCUGCGUCAUCCAUGUAAUUUUUUAUCUCGCGUUUUGCAGAAACUAACCUUGAACUUUCCUACUCAAGCCAUUUUUAUGUUUUUCAGACAAAUCAUGACGUUCAUCGAGGUUCCCGAAGGAUCCGAUUUCACCAUUCACAAUCUGCCUUAUGGUGUGUUCUCAACCAAGGACAAUGUAAGUGACUAACAGAAUUUGUACAAAAAACAUUCUGUUCCACGCCCUACAUUCCAAUUUCAGCCAAAGAAGAGGAUUGGCGUUGCAAUUGGCGAGCAAAUCUUGGAUUUGUCCGCCGUUAAGCAUCUUUUCACCGGGCCCGAACUGAAGACUCAUCAAGAUGUGUUUGCUGAGGUAAGCCGAUUACUUGAUUUGUAUUAGGUUGAUUCAAAAGUUUUUCCACAUGUCUUUAAAAAAUUUUAAAAAAUUUAGACCAAAGCCAGUGGGCCUGGUAUAUAUCUUUUUAGAAAGAGGGCUGUUUGUAGAUUAUAGUAGAUUAAUAACUUUUUACAACUCAGCAAUUUGUAGUAGUAGCGCCGUGUUAAACCUUAACUACUCGAAGGAAGAAAAAGUAAACCGCCGGCGUUACGUCUAGAGUGGCUGUAUCUUCUUAAUAUUCUAGAAUAUGGUAUGCCUGUAUGUAAUCUCUAUGGCAUCGAGGACAAUUUGCUAUAGGGCUAGUCGAAAAAUUUUUAGUGCGAAAAAUCAAAAAUUAGGGUCUGGCAAAAGUAGACCCUGUAGACGCAGCUAUUAGAAGCACUAAGAGAUAACGCUUUCUGUUAUUGUAGUGUAUGAGUAGCACUACAACGCUAACGCUAAACAUUCGCGCUAGCUUUAGCUAUGCGGCAGAAAAAUCGAAUCUUUCUAAUCUACCAAUAUUUUACGAAAUUUAGGGGAUUUUUACAAAAACGUUUUCUGUUCAUUACUCUCGCCCGGUAUCCUAGUUAUUUAAUAAAUAGUUGAUCCUACUUGACAUACACUAUCAGUUGCUAGACGCGCUAAGCUGAAGGUCCUCUUGCCAUACCAGUAAAAAAAAUACAAAAAUUCGCCUAAAAGUGCAGUUCAUGCUACUUUUCUACCUUAUAAGGCAAUUUCAGUUGGUGACUUUUUGAAUGUAUCAUCAGCAUACUGUCUUUGUACAACCUGAAUAGCAGCCGAGUCAAAAAAAUCUAACUCCUUUCAAAAAAUUUUUAAAAAUCUGCUUUAGAUCGGUAGCUCGGCUCUCCGGCCAACUUUAUAGGAUGCUACAAAAAAAGUCAGUGUAGAUAUAAGUAGAGCAAUAAAUUCAGAAGAAACUACAGCCAUCCCAAGUACGAAUAACCCAAAACCCGAGACUUUUUAGUGGGCUGGAAAAUUGCUAGGGACCGGGAUAUUCACCAUGACACAAACGAAGAAAUUUUUAGUAUUUUUGAAAUAUUCUGAAAGGAAGCUUGUAGAAAAUAAAAUGCUACGAAUCAAAAAUUUUGCAAUAUUCUGCCCCAUACAUCUAUGCUUUCAGUUUUAACAUACAUUCAAUCAGGCUCCAGAAAUUUUAUUUUGAAGUGUCUCAAAAAAAUGUGGAAAAACUUUUGAAUCAACCUAAUAUAAACCUUUGUCCACUUUACACUAGUCCCUUCGUGGCCUCGCUGGAGCGAUUUUUGCAACAUGAAUUGUGAGAAAACAAAGUUUCACUUUGUACUGUGCAAUUUCUUGGUUUUUUCACCGUGCAAACGGCUGUUUUGGACUGUCGCUCGCGCCCUGAGCUUCUUUGCACAAUCCAAACGUCAAAAAUGAGUCCUCGGACGGGCUAGUAUGAAACUUUGUGCAUUUUAUACUAGUCCGUCCGUCCGGAAAGUCGCUGGACUGAUUUUUGGCGUUUGGAGAGUGCAAAAAAAGUCAGAGUGCAAGAGACAGCCCAAAAAAGCCUAUUGCACGGUGCCAAAAGCCCGAAAUUGCACAAUCCAAAGUAAACCUUUGUUUUCGCAAUGUGCAUGUCGCAGAAAUCACUCCAACAAGUUUCUAGACGGACUAGCAGAGACUAAAUUGACAUUAAACUCAUCAAUUUAGGAGACCCUAAACUCCUUCAUGGCCUUGCCUCGAGCUGCUUGGAUUGAAGCCCGCGAGACGAUCCAAAAAUUGUUGUCGAAGAGUAACCCAACUCUUCAAAAUGACCAGCCUUUGGUUUCAAAGGCUUUUGUCAAACAAUCGGAUGCUCAAAUGCAUCUGCCAGCCAAGAUUGGAGAUUACACCGACUUCUACUCUUCUUAUUAUCACGCCUUCAAUGUUGGAACACUGUUCCGCGGAAAGGACAACGCGCUUUGUGAAAAUUGGUAAGGCUUUCGUUAUCUGAACAACGACACUGCCCACUAUUUUCAGCAGAUAAAAAAGUGGAAAAAGAGAUCAAAAAGACUCGAAUUUGGUAUCAAAAGGUAUCACAGAGACAUAAAAGGACUGUUGAUUUUGAAGAGAGCAAGAAACUGCCCUCUUUCCAAAAUCAACAGUCCUUUAUUUAUCUGUGACACCCUUUGACACCAAAUUCGAGUCGCUUUGAUCUCUUUUUCGAUUGUUUUGUCGACUCUAACAGAGUAACGCCCUUGAAAUGCCAAUUUUUACCACCACUUUUUAGGAGACACAUCCCAAUCGCUUAUCAUGGCCGAGCCUCAAGUGUUGUCGUUUCUGGCACGGACAUUCGACGGCCAAAAGGACAAACCAAGGCUGAUACUGGUAAGUCUCAUUUCUAAACACUCAUUCUUUCAAAAUCUGGAAGAGAUUUUCCCAAAAAUAAUUUUUUUUCAGAGUCCUCGCCCACCUAUGGUCCUUCCAAAUUGCUCGACUACGAGUUGGAAAUGGCAUUUUUUGUGGGCGGAAGACCCACCGAGCUUGGCGAAACCAUUCCCAUCGAGAAAACCGAGGAUCACAUUUUCGGAAUGGUCAUAAUGAACGACUGGAGUGCGCGAGACAUCCAAAAAUGGGAAUACAUCCCGCUAGGGCCUUUCCUAGGCAAGUCCUUCGGCACAACAAUCAGUCCUUGGGUUGUUACCAUGGAGGCGUUAAAACCAUUCUUGGUCGACAACCCUAAACAAGAGCCAACUCCACUCGAAUAUCUGCGACAUAGCGAUCCCUACAGUUUCGAUAUCAAGCUGCAAGUGGCGAUUCAGCCCAAAGAUUCGAGCACAGCCCAUGCUGUCUCGAAAACUUCGUUACGUCAUCAUUACUGGACGUUGAAGCAGCAGUUGGCGCAUCACACCGUGAAUGGAUGUAAUGUGAACCCCGGGGAUUUGUUGGCUUCGGGAACCAUUUCCGGCCCCGAGGACAACGAAUACGGCUCCAUGUUGGAGUUGAGUUGGCGUGGAAGCAAGUGGAUUCAAGUGGGAGAGCAGCAAAGAAAGUUCUUGCAGGAUGGAGAUCAGGUUGUCAUGACUGGUAAGUCCUCAUUACUGGGUUAAACUUUUAUGGCUCUAAUCGACAAAAAUGCCAAAGUAGAUAGUAGAUCAAAAAGACCUCGAAUUUGUAAUCAAAAAGUAUCAAGGAGGUGUAAAAAGACUGUUGUUUUUGAAGAGAGAACAGCUUUCUCUUCUUUGCCAAUCUUUGGAUACUCAAAAAAAAGUCUCAAAAGGUAUCCUACAGAGAUAAUUUCUAAGAUACCUUUCAAGACGCUUUUUUGAGUAACAAAAGAUCGGCAAAAAAGAGAAAGCUGUUCUCUCUUCAAAACCAGCAGUCUUUUUACACCUCCGUGAUACUUUUUGAUACCAAAUAUGAAGUCUGUUCGAUCUGUUUUCAAAAUUUUUAUCUCUAGAAUCGCAUAGUUCCAGAAGCUAUUUUCUAAUUUACCAUUUUUCAGGCUACUGCGAGAAGGAUGGCGUUCGCGUGGGUUUCGGCGAAUGUCGUGGAAAAGUUCUUCCAGCCCACCCUUAG